UUUACUGGUGUACACUGCGAGACGAAUAUAGACGAUUGUGCUCGUUCGCCAUGCCCUCUUGGUGCUACAUGUAUCGACCAGAUCAAUUCGGCAUACUGUAGAUGUCCAUUCAACAUGACUGGAACUAACUGUGACAAGAUCAUUGACGAAGACUACGAUCUGCAUUUCUUUGACUCGCUUCGUCCUGCAAGUGCGUCGUUGGCAUUGCCAUUCCCAGUCGCAACGAAAGCUUUAACGCUGUCGUUGUGGGUUAAAUUCGACCAGCCACAAAGCAAAGGAACGGUACUAACUAUGUAUAACAGCAAAGAAGCUAACUACAGCGCCGAAUUGAUAGAAGUACUGCAUUUGGAUUCAGAAGGCAUAAAAAUUGCAUUGUUCCCCAAUGAGACGGCUCUGCAGCUGCAUUUCCCUGUAAAUCAAGGGAUCAAUGGAGGAUCGUGGAAUCAUCUGGUGUUCACAUGGUCGUCCGAACAGGGCGCUUAUUCACUGAUAUGGAACUCUGUGCGAAUAUUCGCUGGUUCUCAUUAUGGUGCUGGACAAGAGCUGGAAAUGAAUGCAUUAAUCACUUUGGGCAGCACAGAACUGGACGAGUUGUCGUUUGCUGGUUCAAUAACCCGAGUUCAUGUAUGGAGUCGUGUGCUAGACUUUGAUAGCGAAAUACCUAUGAUGGUGGUCAGCUGUCAUGGUAGCGAGCUUGCCUAUGAUGGUCUGCUUCUGCGAUUCAGUGGAUACACAGAAAUGAAUGGCAAGGUGGAGAGGAUACCGCGUAGCACUUGUGGACGAGAAAAACGAAAGCAACGAGAAGAAGCAGCUGUUAGAGUGGAGAAAUGUCCUUCCGAUCAGUUCGUAUUGUCAUCACAGCGAGAAAUAAAUGUCACAUGGCCUGAGCCCGAGUUCCAAACGGGAAAUGAAAUGAAGAAAAUCCAGAUGAAUUUCAAACAAGGACAGGUAUGA